CAUUGUGAACGAACCACGAUACGACGACGAUUUUUGCGUGGGAAGCCUAACAACGAGGCUUUAGAUCGUGGGAGCAAGGGCAUGGCGCCAUCAUGUCGCGCCAAUACCAGUAUCACACCAACUCCAAGGUCCCAAGGAACAUCCAGUCAAUAGGCCAUGUACUAUCAGUCAAUGCACAGCAGACUGCGCGUCAGCUGAGGCUGUGGGCUCUUGGACCGGGAAGGCGUCUAGCUGCAUCGACGGGCGAACGAAUUGCGCGAAGAUUACGGCGGAAUCUUACCUCGAGACGGUUGUUGAGCUUUCCACAUUUGGUGGUCUUGUUCUGGAUGGUAGUGUUGUUGUAUGGCGAGAGAUGGGUGUUUAAUAGCAAGGUUGCGAGCUGCGAUUGGGAUCAUUGGGAGAAAUGGCCGAAAGAUGCGAAACCUCACCACCUUGUCUUCGUUGCCGAUCCCCAAAUAAUCGAUCCUCAUUCCUACCCAGGUCGUCCCUGGCCUAUCAACCCUCUCACAGUUCUCAUUACCGACAACUACCUACGACGCGGCUACCGAGCCAUGCAGCGCCGAUUACAUCCUGAUAGUCUAUUCUUCCUCGGCGAUCUUUUCGACGGCGGCCGCGAGUGGAAGACCCGCGAGGGCAAGUUCGUUGAUCCGAAGUGGGGACGUGGCCGGUCAAAGGAGGAGAAGAAGUUAGUUCAGACGUGGCACGACAAGUACGGCGAGGAUUUCUGGCUACAGGAGUAUGAGAGAUUUGGAGAUAUCUUCUUUGAGCACUUCAAUGACGGCGGAGAAGCGCCUGGAGCUUGGCAGCGCGGGCGGAAGCUGGUGACGAGUCUACCUGGAAACCAUGAUUUGGGUUUUGGUGCGCAGGUCCAGGUUUCAGUGCGGGAUCGAUUCAGUGCAUUCUUUGGAGAUGUGAAUCGUGUUGAUGUUGUUGGAAACCAUACGAUUGUCUCUGUUGACUCAGUCUCUUUGAGCGCGGAUACUUCAGAGUGGAAGAACCAGCAUGAUUUACAGCCUAUCUAUGGACCCGUGAAUGAGUUUUUGGAUGGUGUAAAGACACUGAAGAGAAAGGCGGCUGAGGAGGAGUUGCGCCAUUACUACGAUCUCCAAGGAGGUUUGCGAUAUCCUCACCACGUUGAAGAGCUGGAUAGGUCGAAACCAACAUGGGGGAAUAACCCUGAAGCAGAAAAGGCCGACGGCCCUGACUUUCCUACGAUUCUUCUUACUCACGUCCCGUUAUAUCGAGCCCCUGGAACACCUUGCGGACCUCAACGAGAACAUUGGCCACCUGCCAAACCCCCCAAGGGUCAGAAGGAGCCUGUAUUCCCUGAUCACCGAAAUGCUCUCAGCGUCGUUGGUGGAUAUCAGUACCAGAACGUGCUCAACGAAGAUGACUCAGUCAAACUGGUGAAGAAGGUGGGCAAUAUCAAGCAUGUCUUUUCAGGCGACGACCACGACUACUGCGAGGUUGUGCACUCAGAUGCGAAAGAGAACGUACGGGAAAUUACCGUCAAGAGUAUGAGCAUGGCCAUGGGUGUUCCUACGCCGGGAUUCCUCAUGGCGAGCAUGUAUAACCCUGUUGAUGCACAGGGCAAGCCACUACCUGGAGCACCAGAGCAAACGAUCCAGACCCAUCUGUGUCUUUUGCCGAACCAGAUCCAUACAUAUAUGGAGUACAUCGUCUUCAUCGUCGCAACGCUUGUUCUUCUCGUCGUUCGCGCUGCGCUUGUGCCGGCGCUCUCACUCGCCCCUUUCGCUCUCGAGCCCGAGAAGUCAUCGCCUUCGGCUGUCCUGCCUAUGUACAAGGACAAGAUGGACCCCCCUGAGGCAUCGUCAUAUCGCAACACCACAUCUUCAGGUACUUCAGCACAUCACCUACCCUCACGUCUAUCAGCUGCAGCUCCACGGAACGGGAGGAGUACAUCUCCUGUCCAAACAUCAAGUCGGUGGCAAGCUCGUCGUGGAGGUCGUAGUGAUAAGCGCUGGGGCUGGGGGUCUGCAGGCGGACCACGAAUCCAUCUCGACGAUAAUCUCUUCAGCACAAGCGUUCAGGAUCAACGUAUUGGUGGUAAGAAAGCCCUUGGAGUAAUCGGUCGGGAAUUAUGGACGACGACAUGGCGUGUUGCUUGGAUGACAGUCUCAUUUUUCGCAUAUCUUGCAUGGAGAGGAUAAAUAAACGCCCAUUGGGAGGAGUAUCGGUUUUGGUCAGAAUAGCUUCAAGCUUUCUGUAUAUAAUAAUUCACGUUGGGUUAGGAGAACAUAUCGAUGUUC